AAGAAAAAAUUCUUUUUAUGUUUAGGAGCCGAGAAAGAUGUACCCGCUUAUUUUCUGGAAAACAUGAGCCAAGCCAAGAGAAUUUCCCUUGACUGUGAUUUUGARACUGACUUGUGCGCAUGGCAAUCAGUCCGAGGAACCAAUCGGUACCCAUGGGCUCGACAUACUGGGAGAACACUCUUCGUGGGAGUGCGAGGAGAGUCGUAUCUUAGUGAUAUUGCUAUUGAUAACAUCAAGUUCAAAAAAGYUCCAUGCCAAAAMGUCCCAUGAUUGAAAUGAGAACCACCUCUUGCUAGUAGAAGAAAAUGUUAUUCUGAAAUCUGAUGCGGGAUUUUGAAAAGCAAAAGAAAUAAUUCAAGAUGGCGGCAACUAUCAACUGUUAAUGCAUGUUAUCAUUUUAGUCUUGUUUGUUGGGUAUUAAUAAAUGGGGAAAAA